GAGAAAGACUACUUACUGAGAGGAGACCCAAUUUGCUUGUUACUGAGAAAGUCAUAAGACUGUCGACGCGAUGGCAGGCGGCCAAGGGACAACUAUGCCCCCUUUGCCGACUGCAUCCCCAGGAGGCCCGCCUACCCUGGUUACUGCAGAUAUAGUGGUGCUGGUGGUCUACUUUCUGCUGGUGCUGGCUGUGGGCCUCUGGUCCAUGUGGAGGACCAAGCGCAGCACGGUGGAUGGCUACUUCCUGGCAGGAAAGAGCAUGACCUGGUGGCCAGUGGGCACCUCUCUGUUUGCAAGUAAUGUUGGCAGUGGCCAUUUUAUCGGCCUGGCAGGUUCAGGAGCUGCAGCCGGCAUCGGGGCAGUCGCAUAUGAAUGGAAUGGUCUGCUGAUGGUGUUGCUGCUGGGGUGGCUGUUUCUGCCCAUCUAUAUCGCCUCUGGGGUGACAACGAUGCCUGAAUAUUUACAGAGGCGGUUUGGUGGAAAGAGGAUCCAGUUAUUUAUAGCCGUCUUGUACUUAUUUAUCUACAUCUUCACAAAGAUAUCGGUGGACAUGUAUGCUGGUGCAGUUUUCAUUCAGCAGGCUUUACAGUGGAAUAUCUACCUCGCUGUGGUGUUGCUGCUGUUCAUCACUGCUCUCUAUACUGUGGCAGGUGGGCUGGCUGCGGUCAUCUACACAGAUGCUGUGCAAACCGCCAUCAUGCUAGUAGGCGCUCUGACUCUCAUGGGUUUCAGUUUUGUGGAGGUGGGGGGAUGGAAUGCUCUCCUGGAGGGUUAUGCCAACGCUAUUCCCUCGGUACGUGUUCCCAACACCACCUGCGGCAUCCCUCGAGAUGAUGCCUUCCAGCUCUUCAGAGACCCGGUGACCUCCGAUCUGCCCUGGCCUGGGGUCAUUGUUGGCAUGUCCGUCCCUUCCAUGUGGUACUGGUGUUCUGAUCAGGUGAUAGUGCAGCGCUCCCUGGCAGCUAAGAACCUGACCCAUGCUAAAGGAGGCUCUCUGCUGGCUGCGUACCUUAAGAUUUUGCCCUUCUUCAUCAUACUGCUGCCUGGCAUGAUCAGCAGGAUACUCUUCACUGAUGAGGUGGCAUGUGGGGACCCCGAGGUGUGUACGGAGGUUUGUGGAAACCCGGUGGGCUGUUCUGAUAUCGCGUACGCCAAACUGGUCAUGGAGCUGCUGCCCUCAGGUGUGCGUGCACGGAAGUGGGGGCGUGUGUGUUUGUUUGCAUGCUCUCUCUGUCUUGAUGUAGGUCUGCGGGGACUGAUGAUGGCUGUAAUGAUCGCAGCUCUCAUGUCAUCCUUGACCUCCAUCUUCAACAGCUCCAGCACCAUCUUCACCAUGGACCUGUGGCGGUGCUUCCGGCCCCGAGCCACCGAGUGGGAGCUUAUGAUCGUGGGCAGGGUGUUUGUUCUGGUGCUGGUGGUGGUGUCCGUGUUGUGGAUUCCCCUGGUCCAGGCCAGCCAGGGGGGGCAGCUCUUCAUCUACAUUCAGUCCAUCAGCACCUACCUCCAGCCACCUGUAUCCAUCGUCUUCCUCAUGGGCUGUUUCUGGAAGAGGACCAACGAGAAGGGUGCAUUUUGGGGCCUGGCCCUCGGCCUGUUGGUGGGUUGUAUCCGGAUGGUGCUGGACUUCAUCUACCCAAAUCCUUUGUGUCAUGAAGAGGACGAGAGGCCGGGCGUGGUGAAAAAUGUCCACUACCUCUACUUUUCCACCAUGCUGUCCUUCUUAACCCUGCUGGUGGUGGUGGUGGUAAGCCUGGCCACUGAAAAGCCCAGGCCAGAACAGAUCAACCGCCUUACGUGGUCCACGAGGUUUGGCCCAGCGCAGAAACACAAAGAGCAGCCAAGUCACGUGUUCACGGUGGAGAAGAGCGGCCCGGGGACGAUGGAGGAAAAGAAAACAGGGCCGACCAGUGAGGAAUUGGUGGAACGAGAAAAAGGAAAGGGUGAAGGAAAAGAACAUCAUCAGAGGACAGACUCGGCCUGCUCCUCCUCGCCCUCCAUGCAGAGCCAGUCCAGGCUGAUGUCUGCCCUCUACUGGUUGUGUGGGAUGGAGAGACAGAGGGAGGGAGAGAACAACCAUCCUCCUCCUCCUCCUUUACCUGAGGAGGCCAUCUGUUCCCUGGAGGAGGAGCCGUGCCUACGACGCACUGUAAACGCCAACCUCAUACUCUGCCUCUCUGUAGCCGUCUUCAUCAUUGGCUACUGGGCUUGACGGUCAGCUCCGCGCAACCAGUCGCAUGGCGUUACUGCAGGAGGCGGGACUUGGCUCUGCUGUGGCCCUCCAUGUGAAGAGACGAAGCCGACUGAUCCCUGGUAGCGUUACAUGACCUCCUGUCGACUGCUGAUUUGUUAAGAAAUGAACAUUUUACUCAAAUGACGCCGAGCACGGCGGCUGCCGUGUCCGCG